AUGAACUACGGUGCGCUGGCUCGUCACUUCGGUCCCGACAUGGCGGAGAAGUUGCCGAUGUUGCUGUUCCAAGAGGUACAGGAGGAAGGAGGCUGCAUCAACGGCGUGAUGCUUGUGGGACGCCGCAUGGCCUUCGUUUCGAGGUCAGUUGACAUGAGCAGGCCGAAACUAAGACGUCUCUCAAGCCUCUUUUCUCUACGAGAGGUCCACCUGCGCCAAGCCGUUAUACCCGUCCUUGACGCUCUGGGAGAAAAAUUCAGGAACACGUCUGUGUACGGCCUUAAGCUGAGUCUCGAAGACAUCUCAGAGUGUCUAGGCGACUCCACUGAGCUACCGACGGAUGAUGAGACUGUUAUGGAUAACCGGCAUGACUUGGACCGGCAUGACUUGGACCGGCAUGACUGGGACCGGCAUGACUUGGACCGGCAUGACUGGGACCGGCGUGACUUGGACCGGCAUGACUUGGACCGGCAUGACUGGGACCGGCAUGACUGGGACCGGCAUGACCGGGACCGGCAUGACUGGGACGGCAGCGAGUUUUUCGGUCACGGAGAAGUGCUGUGCGAUUUACCGAAUCAUGCUUUGUUGCACAAACUGCGCCAUGAAUACAGGGCCUUUGCAGUAGGCUUGGCGCUCUUGUCACUUUACAGCAAUGUGCCCAACUGCAAGGACGGUUAUUCCUUCAAGAUCAUCGUCUGUAAUUUCCUCGCCAAACUUCAUUGUAAAAUUCGGAGAGAGAACGAAGCCGGCCUGCAACGUGAAAUUUGCAGCAACCUCAACCCCGAAGACCAGCACUCUAUUUUAGCGGCGAGCGAACCGUCUUCGAUGAUGAGCGAGACAUGUUCGAUGAUGAGCGAACCGUCUUCGGUGAUGAGCGAGACAUGUUCGAUGAUGAGCGAGACAUCUUCAAAGACCAAAUCGGCGGAAGAUUACAUCCAGAGGUUAAAAAGUAUGCUGCGUUCGGCCGCUGCACACAAAUUGGUCUUGGGCAUCAUCCGUAACAAAGCCAGAGACAUGAAACGCAACUGGUAG